GACGACUUUUUCUGUUGCUGUCAAAAAAUAAACAGCAUCGCGUAUUUUUGUUUUCCGAAUUUUGUUUCCAAAAAUAAAAAAAAACCAAUCAAAAUACAAAAUACACAAAUUAAAUCAAAUCAACUUAAAAAAUGUUUUCUCUAGCAAAAGUAACCCACCCACCAACUGGUGUCGAAUACGCCAUAAACUGCCGCUUCUUCAAUAGCACCGAUGAAAAUCUCGUCACAGCCGGCACAAACAUUCUAAAAGUUUAUCGCAUUUUUCCCGAUGUCGACCCAACCAUCCGAGCUAAAAACAUUGAAAUUUUAAAUCCAAAAAUGAAACUAGAAUGUUUAGCUUCAUAUACAUUAAAUGGCAAUGUUAUGUCUUUGGAAAGAGUAACUCUAUCUGGAUCACUUCGUGAUGCACUUUUAAUAAGUUUCAAAGAAGCUAAAUUAUCUGUUUUACAAUACGAUCCAGAUACGUUUUCAUUAAAGACACUCUCGUUGCAUUAUUUUGAAGAAGAUGACAUCAAAGGUGGAUGGACAGGAAGACAUUUCACGCCAACAGUUCGCGUAGAUCCGGACAACAGAUGCGCGGUAAUGUUGGCUUAUAGCAAAAAACUAAUUGUCUUACCUUUCAGAAAAGAUAAUAGUCUCGAUGAAAUUGAAUUGGCUGAUGUGAAACCUAUAAAAAAGACACCAACACAAUUGAUUUCACGAACUCCAAUAUUAGCUUCGUAUAUUAUUUCUUUAAAAGAUCUCGAUGAGAAGAUUGAUAAUGUUGUAGAUAUUCAAUUUUUAUUUGGUUAUUAUGAACCAACUUUAUUGAUUCUUUAUGAACCGGUUAAGACAUUCCCUGGCCGAAUUGCCGUUCGAUCAGACACUUGCGUUAUGGUGGCAAUAUCUCUCAACAUCCAACAAAGAGUCCAUCCAGUCAUUUGGACUGUGACUGGUCUACCAUUUGAUUGCUUUCGAUUACUAGCAAUUCAAAAGCCAAUUGGUGGCUGUCUUGUUGCCUCCACAAACGCUUUAAUGUAUUUAAAUCAAAGUGUUCCUCCAUACGGAGUGAGCUUAAAUAGUAUCGCUGAUAAUAGUACAGUCUUUCCAUUGAAGCCACAAGAUGGCGUUAAAAUAUCCCUGGACACUGCAAAAUUUGUCUUUAUUGAUGCUGAUAAGAUUGUCAUAUCACUCAAAGGUGGUGAACUUUAUGUUCUCACUCUUUGUGUUGAUUCAAUGAGAAGUGUAAGGAACUUCCAUUUCCAUAAAGCAGCAGCAAGUGUGUUGACUAGUUGCAUUUGUGUUUGUCAAGAAGAGUAUUUGUUUCUGGGAUCACGAUUAGGGAAUUCUCUUUUACUCCAUUUCACUGAAGAGGAUCAGAGUACGGUGAUAACUAUUGACGAUACAGAUGUCGAGAAAGACAAAGAAGCACCUAAAAAACGAUCUGAAGAUGAAGAACUUGAAGUCUAUGGAUCGGGGAUUAAAACCUCGGUUCAGUUGCGCAAGUUUAUCUUUGAAGUUUGCGAUAGUAUUUUAAAUGCUGGUCCAAUUGGUUUUAUGUGUGUUGGGGAGAGAGUUGAAGUCGAGGAUGAGACUCCUCAUCGAUUAGCUGAACAUGUAGCUGAUGUUAAAAUGGAAAUAGUUUGUUCCAGUGGAUAUGGUAAAAAUGGAGCACUUUGUGUGAUGGUCAGUACAAUAUUUCCACAAAUAAUCACAUCUUUCGAGCUGCAAGGAUGUUUUCAAGUAUGGACAGUUUUUGAUGAUCCAAAUAAAAAAGCUCAAGGAUUAUCAGAUCAUCAUGAUUUUAUGAUUCUAAGUCAAAGAUCAACUACAUUGGUACUUGAAACUGGUGAUGAAAUUAAUGAAAUUGAAAAUUCUGGAUUUAGUGUUAAUCAACCGACGAUAUUUGUUGGAAAUCUUGGUAAUAAUCGUUUUAUUAUUCAAGUUACUACAAGAAAUGUAAGACUUUUGCAAGGAACUCGUCUUAUUCAGAAUGUUCCAAUUGAUGUGGGUUCGCCGAUGGUGGAGGUGUCUUUGGCUGAUCCAUAUGUAUGCAUUCGUGUUCUUAGUGGACAGGUUAUUACUUUAGCAUUGCGAGAAACUAAAGGAACACCACGAUUGGCAAUUAAUAAAAAUACAAUUAGUACUGUACCAGCUGUGGUAUCGAUAUCGGCUUUAAAAGAUGUUUCUGGAUUAUUUACAUCGAAAUGUGAAGAUGUUAUGAAUUUAACUGGAUCUGGGUCAUCUCUAUAUGGCAGUGGUUUUGGGUAUAUGAAAGCUGAACCAAGUAUGAAAACUGAAGAUGAAGAAGAAAUGUUAUAUGGAGAAUCAGGAAAUGCUCUUAAAAUGAAGAAUCUUGCAGAUUUAGCGAAAAAAUCACGUUCCAAGAAUACGGAUUGGUGGAGAAGACUUCUUACACAAUCAAAGCCAACUUAUUGGUUGUUGGUAGCACGUGAUAAUGGAAAUUUAGAAAUCUACUCAAUGCCUGAUUUGAAACUGAUGUAUUUGAUAACGAAUGUUGGCAAUGGUGCAGAUGUUCUUACCGAUUCGAUGGAAUUUGUUCCAAUGCCAUUGAAUCAAGGAGAAAAUAGUAAAACUGGUAUUUUAUUGAAUUGUAUGCCACAGAAUUUGAAUGUUCCCGUACCAAUGGAAAUUAUUGUGGUUCCUUUAGGGAAUCAAGGUAAUCGACCAUUGCUACUCAUUCGUACACGAUUGGAAAUAAUGGUUUAUCAAGUAUUUAGAUAUACGAAAGGUCAUCUUAAGAUUCGAUUUAAAAAAAUCCAUACCAUCAAUCAAGUGGAUAUGACUGAGAAGAUGAUUGAAGAUGUUGAAGAACAUGAUCCAUUUCAUUUGCAUGAUGAAUAUGUUAAUAUAAUGCAUUAUUUUACAAAUGUUUCUGGGCUAAAUGGAGUUGCUGUUUCUGGACUUAAUCCGUGUUUUAUCUUUUUGACAAUUAAAGGAGAGUUGAGAGUGCAUAAGCUCUAUGGCAAUGCUACAAAUAAAAGUUUUGCUCCAUUUAAUAAUAUCAAUUGUCCAGGUGGAUUCUUAUUCUUUGAUAAUUCGUUUAAUUUGAAAAUUGCUGUUCUACCUAAUUAUCUUACAUUUGAUGCUCCAUGGCCGAUACGGAAGGUUCCAAUUAGAUGUACACCACGUCAGAUUGUCUAUCAUAGAGAAAAUCGUGUCUAUUGUGUUGUAACACAGACCGAAGAGGUAACCAACAAGUAUUACCGUUUCAAUGGGGAAGACAAGGAGUUGACUGAGGAGAACAAAGGCGAGCGGUUUAUUUAUCCAACUAGAUCGAAAUUUAGCGUUGUUCUAAUAUCACCAAAUACCUGGGAAAUGGUUCCGGAUGCUUCAAUUGAUUUAGAAGAAUGGGAGCAUGUAACAGCUUUUAAAAUAGUUUCUCUAGCUUAUGAAGGAACUCGUUCCGGUUUGAAGGAAUAUCUAUCGAUUGGUACAAAUUUUAACUACAGUGAGGAUAUAACUUCACGAGGAAACAUCUACAUUUAUGAUAUAAUUGAAGUUGUUCCAGAACCUGGUAAACCAUUGACAAAAUUCAAAUUGAAAGAAGUCUUUAAGAAGGAACAAAAAGGUCCUGUUUCUGCAAUUGGUGAUGUUCUUGGCUUUCUUAUAACAGCUCUUGGACAAAAGAUUUACCUGUGGCAGCUCAAAGAUGACGAUUUAAUAGGUGUAGCAUUUAUCGACACUCACAUUUAUGUUCAUCGAAUUAUCUGCGUUAAGUCAUUGAUUCUUAUUGCCGAUGUCUACAAAUCUAUCAGCAUUUUACGUUUCCAAGAUGAAUAUCGAACGCUAUCCCUAGUUUCUCGAGAUCUUCAGCCAUUGGAAGUUUUUGAUAUAGAAUUCGUUGUGGACAGUACGAAUUUGGGAUUUUUCGUUACCGAUGCUGAUGAGAAUUUUAUUGUGUACAUGUAUCAGCCGGAAUCUCGUGAAUCUUUUGGUGGACAGAAACUCAUUCGCAAGGCUGAUUUUCAUUUGGGACAAAAAGUCAAUACAAUGUUUCGUGUGCAAUGCCAUCAAAAGGGACCACAUCAACGACAUCCGUUCUUUUUUGAAAAUAAACAUAUGAUUGUAUUUGGGACAUUAGAUGGUGGUAUUGGUUAUUGUUUACCAUUGCCGGAGAAGACUUAUAGGCGAUUGUUGAUGUUGCAAAAUGUUUUACUAACACAUAAAGAACAUUUGGCUGGAUUGAAUCCAAAAGAAUUUAGAACGCUGAAAAGUUCGAGGAAAUUGGCAACAAAUCCUUGCCGUUGUAUUGUUGAUGGUGAAUUGAUUUGGUCGUACUUUUCCCUACCGCACAUAGAAAAGCAAGAGGUUGCAAAGAAAAUUGGUACCAAAAUUGAAGACCUUUAUGUGGAACUGAUGGAUAUUGAUAGAGUGACGAAUAUAUUUUAAGAGUUGAGAAGAUAAAAUAAAAAAAAAAAUAUUUCUUUUUUUGUUAAAGAAUCUAAAUUAA